AUGCGCCUCCUGUACAGCGUCGAUGCGCCCAUGGACCCGUCGCAGCUGCUCGACGCGGCGGCGGCGGCGGGGACCGCGGGCGGGGGAGACUCGUCCGCGGAUCUGCUGCUGGAGAACGCCGCGCGGCAGCAGCUGCCGUCGCUGUCCAUCCGCGCGCUGCACGUGCUGCAGCAAGCGCGCUCGCUUGCCAUGGUCACUGGAUUCGGGGAGGCGCAGCCGCAACAGGACAAAGUGGUGCCGCCAUGCAUCCACGUGGACACUGACCUGUUCCCCGCCGCCACCUACCUGCUGCCUCUCGACCGUUCUAUACUCCUCCGCCCACCUCCAUCCUCCUCCACUCCGGAUGCUGCAGAACUUUCCCCUUCUUCGUCCUCUUCUUCCGCCUCCUCAGCAGCUGCGCGCCAAUUUCCCCGCUCCCAGCGCAUCCGCUCCGACUCACCUGUCCCCGGUUCCCCUAUUUCUUCCGCCUCCGCCUCCGCCGGCUCUGCGGGGAACGACUCGCGGGAGUUCACGCUGCUGUGGCGGGGGGCGCAUGGGCUGGUGUGCCGGCGGUGGGCCACAGACGUGCGCGCGCGGAUACAGGAGGUGGCGGAGAUGCGGGGCACUGGCGGAAGCGGCGCAGUCUACGUGUCUGUGCUGCUGCAGAUGGGGGAGGGACUGAGAGCAGGACUGGGGGCGGGAGUGGGAGCGGGGUUGGGAGCGGGUGGGGGCAUUGGCGGCAAUGGGACUGCUGAUGCGGGCGAGGGGCAGCGAAGAGAAGGGGAAGGGCAAGAAAGCGUGAAGCGAGAGGGGGUAGAAGGUGGCAACAGAAGAGAGGAGUGGAAGACGGGGGCAGGAGCAGCGGCGGGAGCAGCAGCAGGAGCGAGACAGGGGGAGGGAGUUGCAGCUGGAGGAGUAGGGGGAGCAGGAGCAGGGGGGGGAGUAGACGAGGCGCCAAGAGAGGGAUGGCGGAAGGAUUCAGGGGCAAUUGAGCGGGGCUUGGUGGAGACUCAGCGCGUGGUGGUGUCUCUGGCGCUGUGGGGGGACGGGCAGGGGGUAAGGGGAAGUGAAGAGAGCGCGCGGGUGGGGGGCUUGCAGCAGGAGAAGGGAGGUUCUGGGAGGUUCUAUACAGGGGAGGGAGGGGAGGCAGGGGAGGAGAUGGUGCGGGUGGGAGCAGUGGGGCAGAGCAUUACGAGGCAACGCGAUGUGGGGCCGCUGGUGGCGCUGGUGCCUCCAUCAACCCGGUAUCUCUCUGUAGACCUCUGCGCACCUCCGUCCUUCCCUAUUCUUGGCGACCUGCCCCCUGUCGCAGCAACAGCAGUAGCAGCAGAAACAGCAGAAACUGCUGCCGCUCUUGCUGCUGCCACGGGCGGUGCUGCCAGUGCCAGCAGCGGCGGUGCUGCUGAGGAUGGAGCAGGGAAGGGGCCUCGUGUGGCAGUGGCGGCAGGGGGCGUGGCUGUGAAGCUGUCUCUCAUGUACCCCACUCAUUCCUCGCUCCUGGGUCAAGUCUCGCCUGCUGUGCCCACCAGCAGGGAUCAAGGUAACUCCUCUAAUUUCAAGAACUCUACAGCAGCAACAUCAACAGAAGCAGCAGCAGCAGCAGCAGCAGCAGCAGCAGCAGCAGCAGCAGCAGCAGCAGCAUCGACCCCUGUUGUGCCAACAUGUUUGAUACGGGCAGGUCCACGGUUGUUUUACACUGCCCGAGAGCCGAAAGGGGAGGAGAGGGAGGAGAUCUGGGGCAACAUCUCCGUGCCCCUUGCCUCUUCUCACCCCUCCUCCUCCUCCUCCUCCUCCUCCUCCUCCUCCUCCUCCUCCUCCUCCUCCUCCUCCUCCUCCUCCUCCUCCUCCUCCUCCUCCUCCUCCUCCUCCUCCUCAUCCUCGUCCUCAUCCGCUCCUGCUGCAUCGGCCGGGCAAGGCCACGCGUUUGGGGUGGCACAGUUGUCAGUGCAGUGGGACAGCAACUGCAACGUGGUGCACCACAGCGUGGUCAUGUGCAGAGUGCGGCAGAAGCAUCGAGUCAUGAAGGCAGGUGCAACCUCCCCUGCGUGUGCCAUUCUCCAAGAUGCCUGCUCGGCCGCACAGGGCCAGCACAAGCAGCUGCAGCAGCAGCAGCAGCAGCAUGUGGGCGGAAAGGCGGGUUGGGGCAGUGAGCCGCUUGGGAGAAGAGCAGCUGGCUAUGUCUCUGCCUCUGACGCGGGUACUGGUAGCGGCAGUGCGGGUAAUGCGUCGGUAGCACCAGGAGGGGGAGGGGGAGAGGGAGGGGGAGGAGCAGGGGCAGGAGCUACUAGCUCUGUGCAGGUGUCAUCAUCCCAUUGGGUGCACACGGCGCAAUUACCUGCCUCGAUCCCCACCGGUCAUUACAACUACCGUGUGCUUUCCGGGUCGCAGUGCUCCCCCGUCUUCUCCUUCCACUUCCUCGGCCCGACGCCCUACGCCGCCCUUGCCGCCCACCGCUCCGCCGCCCUCUCCAACCGCUCAGGCGGCCACCGCGUGUCCUGGUUCGAGCGGCACAACAAGAGGCGGCAUUAUCUGAAGACCCGGGCGGCCAUGCUGAGAAAAUCAGCAGGGCUGAAGGACCAUGGGGGGGGAGGGUCGCCCAAGUUUGAGUCUCGAGUGGGGAAGAAGGGCAUGUGGGGGCGCAAGGCGCAUGAGAGGCCACCUAUGGGUGUGUCGCUUGGCCUGGGCAAGACCGGGGAGAGUGCAGGUGGGGAUGCAGGGUCGGGAUCGGGAACAGGUGGCGGUGCGGGUGGGGCAGCAGGGGAUACAGGAGGAACAGGGGCAGGCACAGGAGCAGCGGCAGGAGGAGGAGGAGGAGCAGGGGCAGGGGCAGCAGCGGAGGAGGACGAAGGGGAGGGGUAUGAGGACGAUAACAACGUAGACGACGAGUUUUUUCAUCUGGUAAUCAUAUCAGACACGCAGGGGGGCAGCUCUGUGUUCCGGCGCCACCUGACGCACAUCCGAGCGCAUAAACCCUCCGCAGACCUGAUCCUACACCUGGGCGAUCGGGUCCCUGGAGCCUCUGCUGCUGCUGCUGAGGCUGCAGCUGCGGCAGCGGCGGCGGGUGGUGGUGGUGGUGGUGGCAGUGGUGCUGCUGGUGGUGGUGCGAGUGGUGGUGGGGGAGAGGGCGCUGCCGUGCUGCAGUGGCAGCGCAUGUGGACACAACCACUGGAAGCGAGCCAUGUGGCGGCGUCGAUUCCUUCCCUGGGCGUGCAUGGGGAUCUCGAUGUGGCUGUGGGGCAUGCAAGUGGGUCAGGUGCAGGAGCAGCAGCAGCAGCACAUGGGGGAGGUUGGCAUACCACCGCCACCACCGCCACCGCCACCGCCACCGCCACCGCCACCGCCACCACCACCACCACUCACUCAACUGCCAUGCCUACCAGUGGAGAUGUGCGGUGGUGGUCCAUGCUGCUAGGCGAAUGCCUGUGGAUAGGCCUUGAUUCCAACGUGAAUGCUUCUUCCAUUGCUGUACAGACAGCAUGGCUGCGCGCCACGCUAGAGGCGGUGGCAGCAGCGAGGGAGUGCAGAGUAGCACCACCGUUUGUGGCCGUCCUGCUGCACGUCCCUCCGUUUAUUGACUACUGGGAUGCUGCAUCAUGGCACGGGAGCCAUAGUGGUGGUGGUAGUGGGGGGGGUGCGGGUGGUGGUGGGCCGGGAAGUGGUUUUGGAGGGAGUGGUGGUGGGGAGGGGAGUGGAGAGGAUGGGGGUGGAGGGGAGCGGAGGCGGACGGAGUGGGUGAGGCUGGAGUGGGUUCCUCUGUUUGAGAAGUAUCGUGUGGAUCUGGUGGUUAGUGGGCACUCACACGCGUACCAAAGGGGCGAGAGGAACGGGGUCAUGUACGCCAUCUUGGGGGGAGGUGGGGAGCGCAUUGACAAGCACCGAGUUGCCGACUGGGGGAUGUAUAAGGUGGAUGUGCUGACGCGGAUGCAGGGACAUCCGAGCGUGGUGCGGCUGUACGACGUGGUGGACGACGCGCAGUACACGCACAUCGUCAUGCAGCUCUGCCAGGGGCCCAGCCUCAAGGACCGCAUCGCGCAGCAGGGCGCCAUGAGCGAGCGGGAGGCGGCGCGGGUGAUGCGAUCGGUGGUGAGCGUGCUGGCGUACUGCCACGACCGCGGCAUCGUGCAUCGCGAUGUCAAGGAUUGCAACUUCAUCUUUCUCUCCAGUGACCCUGCGUCUCCCCUCGUCGCCAUCGACUUCGGACUCGCCACCUUCUAUUCGCCAGACAAGCGGUUGCACGAGGUGGCAGGAAGUCCGUGCUUUGUGGCGCCUGAGGUGCUGAGGGUGCGCGGAGGAGGAGGGUACGGGCCCGAGGCGGACGUGUGGAGUGCGGGCGUGCUGCUGCACCUGCUGCUCGCUGGCAGAGUGCCCUUCGAUGGAGUUACGAUCAUGGAUGUGUUUAGGGCUGUGGCAUCUGCUCCUCUGGACCUGGCGUCUCCCCCUCUGCAGUCGCUGUCACCAGAGGCCAAGGAUCUACUCACGCUCAUGCUCUGCCGUGAUGUCAGCAAGCGGCCCUCGGCGCACGACAUCCUCCGUCACCCAUGGAUGGUGCAAGACUUAGAUGUGCAAGACUCAGAUUAA